AUGAUGUGGCAUGGCGCGGCGCUCGUCCUCCGCUCGUCGCCCCUCCGCCUCCGCCUCAUCCGGUCGCGCUCGUGGCGCGAGGGCCCGAGCAGGAAGAACGCCGAGACGAGCACCCCUGCCGCCGCUUUCGUGCGGAAGAAAGAAAGGAAGGAGCGGGGCCUCGCAGCACCUGCAGCCGGGGAAGAAGGUCAAGAGUCGAUGGACGACGACGCCCUCUGGUACGUCCUCCCCGGCGUCUUCGCCGCCGUUCCCUGGCUGCUCGUCAUUGUCUGCAGCAGCUCGGACAGGAAGCGCGCCGUUGCGGCGCCGGUGCAGGCGCAGGCCCCUGUAGGAGCUGCCGCCGGGGCGGCGGCAGGGCACGCGCAGCCGGCUGCUGGAGCUGCCGCGGGACAGGCGGCGCCGGGGCACGCUGGGCCCCCCGCCGGAGCUGCCGCCGGGGCGGCGGCGGCGGCAGUGCAGGUGCAGCCGCCCGCUGGAGCUGCCGCAGGGGCAAUGCAGGUGCAGGGCCUUCGCCGGAUCUUCACUGCCACCGCUGCCCGCUGGAGCGGCCGCGGGGACAGCGGAGCCCGGGCAGGCGCAGGUCCCUGCAGGAGCGGCAGCCGGAGGGGCACCGUCGGCGCCAUGAUGAUAUGCGGCCUUGGUCUUGGUUUGGUCGGGCAUAUGAUUUCUGCAAUGAUUAGUUUGCUUACCUGA